GCAAGAAGGGGCAAGCUGGACAGUGCACGAAAGCUGUUCGACAGAAUGCCAGAACGAAUUGUUGUGUCGUGGAACAUCAUGAUUUCAGGCUACUCCUAGUGGGGGAAGUUGGACGAGUCUCUUCCUCUGCUCUCUUUGAUGCAUGUUUCAGGUCUCAGGUUGAGUGAGUCCACUGUAUAUGCUAGUCGCCGGGAGUCGGUUUCUGGUGGGAAGCAGAUUCAUUGUCUUGUUGUGAAACCUAGUUGGGAGAGUUUAGAGCUUGUUGGCAGCUAGUUGUUGCAAUUUUAAGCGAGUUGCAAGGAGAUUGGGGAAGCAAAGUUAGUGUUUGAUGAGUUUGUUGGUGGGAAUGAGACUCUGUGGAGUUCGAUGCUGGUGGGUUACGUGCAGUGUGCAUUGAUGAGUGAGGCUCUGCACUUGUUAAUAUUCCUAGAAAGGAUGUGGUUUCUUGGAAUAUGUUGAUUUCAGGGUAUGGCAAGAGCGAUGGUGAUGGCGAAAAAGCUCUGCACUUGUUUCAGUGGAUGAGAAGAAGUAGGGAAGUGGUGCCAGAUGAGUUCACUUUGGAUGGUGUUAUAAGAGUUUAUGGGAAGCUUGGUGCUUUGAAUACAGGGAUGGCUGUUCAUGGGAUUGCGAUAAAGAGUGGCUUGGUAUCUGAUCAAUCCAUUGAAGGUGCUUUGGUUGGACUUUAUUGUGAUUGUGAACAUAUCGAUUAUGCCAGGAAUGUUUAGAAUGGAAUUGCUAACCCAAGUUUAGAUGCAUCCAACUAGCUUAUUCAAGGUUUUUUGUAUAGGAUUGACGAGGCAGAGGUGGUUUUUAACGGUUUGAAUAAAAAAAAUACAGUUUCAUACAAUGUGAUGAUCAAAGGUUAUGCAAUGAAUCUAGAGUUGAGGAUUCAAAGCCUAUGUUUGAAAACCUACCUGAAAAGUAUCAUUUGUUCCAAUACUAUGAUUUCAGUGUAUGCCAGGAACGGGGAAAUUCAAAAAGCUUGUAUGCUUUUUGAAGAAGUGAAAGGAGAGCGAAACCCUGUGAUGUGGAAUUCGAUGGUGUCUUCUUUCAUUAAGAAUGAACUGUAUAAGAUGCUCUGAAACUGUACCUCACCAUGUGCCAGUCGUCGAUAAGCUGUACUCAAUCAUCUUUCUCUGUGAUAUUGCGAGCAUGUUCUGGCCUGGGCUCGCUUCAGCUGGGUAAAAUGCUUCAUUCACAUGUAACCAAAACGCCUUAUGAAUCCAAUGUUUAUGUAGGGACCUCUUGUUGAUAUGUACUCAAAAUGUGGGAGUAUUUAUGAUGCUUGGAUGCUAUUUUCAACCAUCUCAUCACCUAAUGUUGCAGCAUGGACAACACUUAUGAAUGAGUAUGCACAUAAUGGACUUGGCUCUGAGGAAAUUCUACUCUUCAAUCGUAAGAUUGGGCAAAAAAUAGUCCCAAACGGUCGGUUUGGCCAAGUAUUAGAAGCUGAGGAGUUUGUGAAAGCAAUGCCAAUUGAAGCAGAUAUUGUUGUUUGGAUGACUUUGCUUAGUGCUGGCUGGUUCUGGAAAAAACAUCAGCUUAUGUCAUUUUGUCUAACAUCUAUGCAGAUUUGGGGAAAUGUUGAUUAUGUUUUCUAAACCAACAUCAGCUUAUGUCAUUUUGUCUAACAUCUAUGCAGAUUUGGGGAAAUGGGGCAGGAAAAUGACUAUGAGAAAUAGAUUGACGAGCUUAGAAGUGAAAAAACACCCUGGAUGUAGUUGUAUCGAGCUGAACAAUGGUCUUCAUGUAUUCUCCGUGCAAACUAGAAGCCACCUAGAUUCUAGUGUUGUUUAUGCAACUUUGUAUAAUCUAAAAGCUAAUUCAGCACCUAGCUUAGAAAAUACUUUAUAUUAAAAUGUUGACAGCAUAAUGAAAGGUUCAUGUCAUGCUAAUGGUUAACUGUUUUUGGUUUAUUGGUCCAACAUGUACAAGUUUUAUCCCCUCUCCACCUUUGUUAGUGAACUUGUUUAUGGUCUCUGUACUCACUUGCAACUCUGAUUUGAUUGUUUUAGAUAGCUUGGGAGAAGCUUGCAUGUGUAUUAACUGUUUAUCUCGUGGUAGGUGAAGUUUAAAUUUGACAAUCAACUUUCAGGAGAAUGUUUCUAAGUUUCUCAUUGACAUCUCAUACAUUGUCUAGUUAACAUUCAUUUUCUCUACCUUUCAAAUAGUCAAAGACUGCAUUGUCUCUUCAUCAGUACGUCUUAUUCAUUGAUAGUUUUCAUUUUACUCGGUGUUAUCUUCAUCUUUUGUGCUUGUGCUUCAUGUGAGGUUUGACUGUGGUUGAUGGUCGACUGCACCGUGGCUUAAUGAUCGCGGAAUAUAUACGCGCUCUAACC